AUGACCCAGCAAACUCUUCGUCACAGGUCCCAGCCCAUGAAGAAGCAGCAGCAACAGCCCCUCACUGACCGGUUUAAUAAACGGAAACUGAAGGAGUUUGUGGGGCAAUGGUUCGAGCCACUUCUGUUGUCAACGACUGUGCUGAACGGGCAUUUGGUGUUCUCACUGAGUGUCACUAAGGACACAGCGACAAGCUCUUCUCCAGGUGUCACUAAGGACACAGCGACAAGCUCUUCUCCAGGUGUCACUAAGGACACAGCGACAAGCUCUUCUCCAGGUGUCACUAAGGACACAGCGACAAGCUCUUCUCCAGGUGUCACUAAGGACACAGCGACAAGCUCUUCUCCAGGUGUCACUAAGGACACAGCGACAAGCUCUUCUCCAGGUGUCACUAAGGACACAGCGACAAGCUCUUCUCCAGGUGUCACUAAGGACACAGCGACAAGCUCUUCUCCAGGUGUCACUAAGGACACAGCGACAAGCUCUUCUCCAGGUGUCACUAAGGACACAGCGACAAGCUCUUCUCCAGGUGUCACUAAGGACACAGCGACAAGCUCUUCUCCAGGUGUCACUAAGGACACAGCGACAAGCUCUUCUCCAGGUGUCACUAAGGACACAGCGACAAGCUCUUCUCCAGGUGUCACUAAGGACACAGCGACAAGCUCUUCUCCAGGUGUCACUAAGGACACAGCGACAAGCUCUUCUCCAGGUGUCACUAAGGACACAGCGACAAGCUCUUCUCCAGGUGUCACUAAGGACACAGCGACAAGCUCUUCUCCAGGUGUCACUAAGGACACAGCUCUUCUCCAGGUGUCCGUGGUUCAGCAGUAA